AUGUCACGAACAUUUAGCAAUAUUGGAUGGGUAACAAGAAACGAUGGUGAACGUGAUCAACGUUAUACAAUGCCACAAGUCCUUAAUAUAGAUGGUUCCAGAGACAGACGAUUUGGUUUAUUUGAACAACCAAGAUUCGGAACCUCCGACAUACUGACUCAGGGCCGUUCGCAAUAUUACAAUGGGACUAAUGCACAUAGUGGUCCAGGAGUAUAUCAAUUGAUGGCAACGUAUGGUGUGGGAAGACCGACAACUCAAUAA